AAUUCAUCAACAAUGGCGGAACCCACCAUCAUGAUCACAAUGAACGCCGCAGAAUUCAACGUCAAAUUCAACAACACCCACGUUAUCAUAACCACCGUAACCGCCGACCCACGCGUAUUAACAUCUUGGCUUUCCAAGAUUUCCUCCGCUUCAUUAAUCGGUCUUAAUGCCGGAUGGAACGCUAACCAUUUUAGUCAACGAUACAUCAAUUAUCCAUUCGUCUACACUCUUCAACUCUGUACUACAACCGAUUUCUACACUUUUUGCUUAAUUUUUCAGUUUUAUCAGUGUGCUGUUCCUCUACCUAGGAUUCUUUUCGAUUUUCUUAAUAAUCCGAGGAUUACUUUUGUUGGCGUUGGGAUUCAAUUUAAUGCUUUUCUGUUGUCCUUAUUUCAUGGAUUGAUUGUGAGGAAUAUGGUUGAAUUAUCGGAUCUUGUCACGGACAAGAUUUACGGGGCUCCAAGAGAAAUGCAGUUGGAGGAAUUAGCUAAAUUUGUGUUGAAUGUUAAAGUUACUAAGCCUAGUGAUGUUAAACUGAGUGGGUGGGAUAAUCAUUCAUUGAGUUAUCGGCAGAUUCAAUAUGCUUGUAUGGAUGCUUUCUUGCCUUAUGAGAUUGGGAAAAUACUGAUCUCUCUUCCCUCGUUACCAAGAUUGUCGACAUGCAACACUAAUUUGAGAUUAGCUCUGUAAUUUCGAGUUUAAUUUUUAGGGUAAAAUUAGUCUCGAUGAUGGUUGGAAUGAUCAAGAAUUAUAGAAUUGUAUAUGAUUUUUAGGGUAAAAUUAGUUUGGUUGAUUUUGACCGAUUGGACAGCUUAGAUAAUGUGUAUG